AUGGCCAAUCAUGCUUAUAUCCCUUCACGUAUCCUCGGACAAGACGAUCUCUCCACUUUGACCUCUUUCAAUCUAUACGAUGCGGCACGAGAUGAAGGCGAUCAGGACAAUGUGUUUUCGAGAAUCUUGCACAAGGUUCGCGGCGCUGUCACCAGCAAUGAGUCUUAUCAACCAAGUCAUAGUAGUUCAUUUGUAUCAUUAUCUUCAAAGAGCUCUUCGAGUGGUGGUGGUGUUGGUGUCAUGGACGAUCCAGGAACAACAACAACAACAACAACAACGAUGGCAGCAGGAUGUCAUGGUCGACUUGAACAACAACUUUAUCAAAGGAGACCCUCAACCACCCAUAAUGACAUGAUGGAUGACACCAACGUGUUCCCUGCCGAGAGUAUUUCUGCACGUGGGUCAUUGGAUGACACGGCCAUGCGAUGCGAUGAAGAUGGUGGACCUAUUACAAAGAUGAAUUCGAAUGACAGUGAUACACAAUCGGUGAUGACCAACUUUUCAGUCUCCAAUUAUCAUUCAUUGAAUCGCGUCAUUGCUCAACUACGAGGCGAGACUAUCAAAUCAGUCAACACCGAAUACUGGAUGCCCGAUGAACAAUGCAAGGAAUGCUUUGAUUGUAAUGCAAGGUUCAAGUUUUAUCGUAGAAAACAUCAUUGCAGGAUUUGUGGUCAAAUCUUUUGUGGGAAAUGUGCAUCGGAUAUCAUUCAAGGAGAAAGAAUUGGACAAAGUGGACCUGUGCGAGUAUGCAAGUUUUGUUUCUCAAAGCUACAAGCUCAGGAACGGCAAAAUCAACAAGAUGCUACGUCUGUUUAUCAUCAUUUGGAUCAUGAAGCACAUUCGGAUAUUGAUCCCGAUUCCAUCGUCGGCUUAUCACCCGUGCUACCAGGCCAUCGACCCCCUAUCACUACACCCAAGAUGCAGAUUCCAACCACCAGCAUCAAAUCUCAUAAAGUAGGCGACUAUGGUGGUGAAAACUCAACAACAUUGGCUCUUGAGAUACCAACAACCCACAGCUUAUUACCUUAUGCGCUUGUCAACAAUUCGGCAGGUCACUUGCCUCCACCACCACCACCACCUACUCCUCCACCGCCUCCUCCACCGCCACCACCACCUCCUCCACCUCCACCUUCAUCAUCAUCAUCCACAACGGCUGCUGCUCCCACAUCGACUACUACUACUACCAAUGCUGUUGUUAAUCAAUCAUCCACAUCUGAGACGGAUCUCAGUCUCAAGAAGCUACUACUUGCUACGAUUCGACCCCGAUCUCGUACCAACACCAUGACGUCCACCUCAGGUGAUGCAUAUGCAUCUGCACCCGGAUCACCUAUUCCAUUCCGACGCAGCUCAUCAUACAAUCCACAUUCCAAUAAUGGUGAUGCGGGUGGUGGAACCUUGUUACCAUCCAAUGAAUACAUCUUUUCAGGCUAUGAUAGCGAAGAUGAGGAUGCUCGCAAAUGGGAUAAGAGUCCACAGAAUCUAUUGAAUUUCUUGGGUGGUGGUGGUGGUAGUGGCAAUCCAUCAGGUCUUUUCGAUGACAACAACAACAAUGAGGAUGACAUUGCAACAACACCAAUGGAAUCAUCAUCCCCUGUGCCUUUAUCCUCAGCCAGUAAAAUGAGAAGAAAACGUGCAGAAGAAUUAUGGUCAUUUGAACAUCGAUCCAACAGCAUGCGAAGACGACGUAGUUUGACAGGAGCACCACCUACUUCAAAUCGAUCUGUACGACAACGCACCCAUAGUCUUAUGCGUAAUGCUCCUAUCACCACUGCCAACUUUACAGAGGAAGCUGCUACUACUACUACUUCAACAUCCACCAACAAAGAUGUUGUGGAGAGUCAUCAUCAACAACAACAACAACAGCCCACCAUCAUAGAAGAUCCAGCACCUACGACGAGUACUAGCAAUCCCAACCGAUCCUCUUCCUCCUCCAUGAAUAGGCUGGAUGACCAUCAUCAUCAUCAUCAUCAUCACCACCUUCAACUUUUACCACCAUCAGCACCACGCCGCCAUCGACGUGUCAAUUCGGCUCCUGUGAAUAUUGAAUUGAAUGCAGCUUCGCUUGAUCAUAUGCGUAAGAUGCUACGUCAAUUGCUUCAAGAGGCUUUGGAUCGUACUGGGAAUCCGUCGUUGGAUCAUCAUCGAUGGGAAGAUGUUCUUAUGAAUCUACUCCUCAAAGUAUCCGACAAUGUGCAACCCGAUAUACGUGGAGGAGAUGAGAUUGAUAUUCGGCAUUAUGUCAAGAUCAAAAAGAUUGCGGGUGGGCGUCCUCAAGAUAGCUAUUAUGUGAAGGGGGUGGUUUGUUCCAAGAAUGUGGCACACAAACGUAUGGUCAAGACGAUCCACAACCCACAAAUCCUGAUCUUGCUCUUUCCUUUGGAAUGGUCACGUGAUUAUUGGGGUGAUCAUCAAUUGCAAUCCAUUGACCGCGUAUUAGCCCAAGAAAAGGACUUUUUGGAGAAAUUGGUGAAUCGCAUUGUGGCCUUAAAGCCAUCGGUGGUGCUUGUCAAUUCCAACGUAUCGAGGAUUGCAUUGGAUCAUCUCGUCAAAGCAGACAUCGUGGUGGCCUACAAUGUCAAAUUGAGUAUCCUGGAUGCAGUGGCACGUUGUACAGGCGCAAGUAUUAUUUCGUCCUUUUUGCAGCUCAAUACGGAUGGCUUGACAUUGGGCCAUUGUGGAUUGUUCGAGACAAAGACCUUGGUCCAUGAUCUUAUUCCCAAUCGACGCAAAACGUUCUUGAUUUUCAGACACUGUCCACCCGAGCUAGGCGCCACCAUCAUUUUACGAGGAGGGGAUGUCGACACAUUGCGUGUCAUUAAGCGUAUUUUGGAUUUCAUGGUGUUUGUUGUACACAACUUGAGACUCGAAUCAUUCCUAUUAAGAGACCUCACCAAAAUCAGACACGCUAUUCCAGCACCACAACCACAACCAUUACCUUCAGCCUUGUCAGAGACAAAAGGGGAAACGAGGACUGGAGAGGAAGGCGACAAGGAGGAUAUGGGACAACAACACAUUGUACCCAAAGAACAACCUAGCAGCACAUCGUUUUGCACUCAAGAUAAUAUCAGUGAGAUCACAGCUGUUGAUCCAGCAGCAGGAGGAGGGGCAACAACAUCAUCCAUGGAGCCAUUCAAGUGCUUGGAGCCGGUGCAUGAAUUGAUUCGACAAUACGAACAAGUGACGUUAUCAGCCUCGCCAUUGGUUGUAUUGCCACCGCCUCAUUUAUUGCUUCGACUCAAGGAAACGCAAUCCAAGUUGGCAUCACGGAUUGCUGAACAAGCACCUGAAGGAGGAGGUGAAUCCAUUCCUACCAAGUUAUCAGCCAUGUCGAAUUAUUUCAGAAGCUUUGAUCAGGUGAUGCUUGGUGAUCCUGAAUAUGAUCAAUUGAUUGAAGAGCACCAUCAUCGAUCCAGAGCCAUGGAAGCGUAUAUUGGGAGUGACGGCAAUGAUACAUUAUCACCCUCGUUUUAUCAACAUUUGGUUGUGCUUUACAUGUCCGUAUGCUCUGUGACAGGUGUGCCAUGUCAAGGUCCUGAGAUGCGAAUGUUUGAAUAUUAUCGACCUGAAUCAGAUCUCACGCUCGGGCAAUACAUUGAGGAUAUUGCCAUGGAUGCACAUACAGCAUGCGUAUCGACCAUGUGUGAACGAACAAUGAUUGAGCACUAUCGAUCCUAUGGGCACGGCACAUCCAAGAUCAAUGUUGCAUUGGAACCGAUUCAGGGACCACCGCCCAUUAUGACCACCAACAACAUUCUCAUGUGGAGCUAUUGCAAGAGUUGUGAUGCCAACAGCUUGCUUGUCCCCAUGUCCGAAAACAGCUGGAAGUAUUCCUUUGGUAAAUUCUUGGAGCUCAUGUUCUAUCAGGCGGAAGAUCGAUCUGCUGGCAAUCAAUGGUGUCCUCAUGGCAUGUUUCGGGAUCACGUGCAUUACUUUGGAUACAAGGGGAUGGCUGUGAGAUUCCAAUAUGAGGUGAUUGAUCCACACGAGGUCCAUGUACCGCCCAUGCAUUUGUACUUGAACCCCAGCACACAAGCCAAUCUCAAGGAUGCGGCACUCGAUGGCACACGCAUCAAGAUUACACGUUUCUUUGAUUCGAUUGUGGAACGCAACAAGGGCUUUUUAUUGGAUAUUGUGCAACCCGAUCGCGUGGAUGAAUGCAAAGAACACCUUGCUGACAUGUCACAACGUGCCAUGGGUGAAAAGAAACAGCUCUUACAGUAUUUGCAAUCGGUCUAUGCAACAACGCCCGCAUCGGAUACGCUGAGUCUCAACAUUGUGCGUAUCAAGCUGCAAAUGAGUGUUAUGCAAUGGGAUGCCGAAUAUGCCGACUUUGUACGUCAAUACGUGCGUCCAGAACGUGAGCUACGUCGUCAUCUUAGAAAAAUGUUCCCCACAGAAACAGGGUUCACCAGCAUGAUUGCUAGUCUCGACUUGCGCACCAAACGUACCAUUGAAUCGCCUGAUUUGCCAUUACUUGAUGUGGGUUUGGAUGGAUGUUAUGAUUAUCUCAAUCAAAGCCCGCCACCUGCUGCUACAUCACAACAUACAAAGCUAUUAGAUUUGCCCAUGCUGGGUGAGUCACCAACAACAGCAUCACCAUGGCUUGAAGAAGAAGCUCGUCUUGAUCAUCUUAUGGAGAACAUGAGGCGUCGUGAGAAUGGGUCUACAGCAGCAGCAGCAGCAGCAGCAGCAACAUCAUCACCAUCGCACUCAUCCGUUACCAAGGCAACGACAACAACAACAACACAACCAAUUACCACCUCCACAGCCGAUGAUGUUGUUUCAAGUGCUGAAGCAUCUGAUAUACUUGAUCCAAGCGUGGCACGUCGUUUAUCACUCGAAUUGAUGAAGGAUACUACAACAACAAGGAAAGCAAUGACUACACAACAUGAAAUGGAUGACCCUGUUUCAGCUACUCCAUCUCGACCUCACGUGAAACGACGCACUCACAGCCACCAAAAACAACAACAAUCGAAUGCAUGCAUUGAACAACAACAACAACAACAAACAGAGGAGGAAGAAGAAGAUGAGACUUUGCGAAGAGCACAACGACGUAAAGCCAAUGAGCACAAAAGACUCUCGUUUCCAGCAGCAUUGAGUUCGCAUGCAGCCAUGUUACCGAUACUUUCGCAUAAUGCAUACAAGCGUUUUGCAGACUUUUUACCAUCCGAUCAACAAAAACAACAACAACCGGGUUUAAUGACUGAAUUGGCAUCUUCGAGGAGUUCGCCUCCACUUGGCUCCAAACAGCAACGCAAAAAGAAUGAGAAACGGCAACAACAAGAGGAUGAGAGCCAACAACCUACGACCAAACGUGAAUUAGCAUUGAGUGGAUAUCGAUAUGGAUACAAAGGCUCAACAGAACGUGGUACAGCAGCAACACGACGAUUACCCCAUGCAGCAAGACCCUUUUCUCGGCAACGUCCUCUUAGUAUGGAAAUUACACCUGCAUCCUCAUCAUCCUCGUCUCAGCUGGAGAAUCGACGUAUAGCAGCAGAUCGCAAUGUAAAAUUCAUCACCACCAACAAUACGUCGGCGGCAACUACCAACACCACCACCACCACGCGUCGUGAAGGUGUCAAGGCAUCACGUAGUGUACGUCAACGACUCCCUAGUCGAUCAUCCAUUGAAGUUUAUACGACCAUCCGUGAACUUGUGCGUGAAGAAUCAGAUGAUGAAUUCCAACCCAGUGAUUCGGAUAAUGGUGAUGAUGAUGAUGAACAACAUGAACAAGAGGAUGUGGAGGAACAAGCAAGUCCUAUCUUUUCAUUAUUGUAUACGGAUGAAUACGAUGAAUCCUUGGGUCGCGAGAUACUUCCUCAUCAUUUGCAACGACUGAAUCAUCGCAAACCUGGUAUUGCCAAGGUUCAUCAAGACACGGAAGAGGAAAAAGUCCCUCAUUUGACAUUUGACGAAGAUGAUGAUGAUGGCACCAUUACAGAGGAAAAGAAAAAGAAAGCUUGCAACAUCCCACCAUCACCUUCAUCAUCGCCUCAUCAUCCUCAUCAACAUAAUACGAUAUCCGAUUUUCGAUCUGAAAGACGACCCAUCCCUACUACUACUGGUGGUCAUCAUCACGCUGCAAGUAUGUCCACCCUUGAGCCUGGUAAUCUGGAAUUAUCGUCGAGUGGUCCUGAACGCAGCUCCUUUUUGCGUGCCAUCACCAACAUUCUUGCUGAAAAAGGUCUUGGCAAUCUUUUACCUCUGGAAUACCCGCUAUCACCCUUGGAACAUCUCUUUCCUGGUUCAUUGAUUGUUGUGGGUGAGGAUGAGCCAAGCACGAUUAUUGCCUAUACAUUAAGUUGCGACGACUACCUUACCAAGCUCAAGGAAAUCCAAAAAGGAAGCGCACAGGCUGACACUACGUUGGGUGGAGAUGAACAAAGCAUUCAUGGUGGUUGUAGCAGCAGCAGCUUGCAUGGCGAUUACAUGAGUGAAAAGGCAUCCAUGGAUGGCGUAUCAACAAUAGCAGCUGAACCUGCAACAGGGAUGGUGAUUGAAAAAACACUUCGAAGUAAAUCAGGCACCCAUAUGAAAUAUUAUUUUACCGAUAGCACAACAAAGUUCUUUUGCAAGAUUUUCUUUGUGGAGCAAUUUGAUGCAUUGCGAAGAAACUGCGGGUGUGAAGAGAGCUAUAUUGCUUCGCUUGCCAGUUGCUGCAAAUGGGAUUCCUCCGGUGGCAAAUCAGGCUCCGUGUUUUUAAAGACCAAAGAUGAUCGUUUAUUGAUAAAGCAGAUAUCACGCUAUGAAAUGGAUGCUUUUCUACGUUUCGCACCUUCGUAUUUCCAAUACAUGUCUGAAGCGUUUUUCCACGAGCUUCCCACUGUCUUGAGCAAAAACUUUGGAUUGUAUCGCAUAGGCUUCAAGAACACAGCAACGGGCAAAUCAAUGAGAAUGGAUAUCCUCGUCAUGGAAAAUCUGUUUUAUGAGCGCGCUGUGAAAAAGAUCUUUGAUUUAAAAGGUUCCAUGCGUAAUCGACAUGUACAAGCAACCGGUCGUGAAAACGAGGUGCUGUUGGAUGAAAAUAUGGUUGAACUCAUGUUUCAAUCUCCACUCUUUUUACGUGCUCAUUCCAAAGAACUCUUACGAGGAUGCUUGCAUAAUGACACACUCUUUUUAUCCCGGCUUGAUGUUAUGGAUUAUUCUCUCCUUGUGGGUGUGGAUGAAGAAAAACGGGAGCUUAUCGUUGGCAUUGUUGAUUUUAUACGUACCUUUACAUGGGACAAGAAGCUUGAGAGCUGGGUCAAAGAAUCGGGUAUUCUUGGUGGUGGGGGUAAAGAACCUACCAUCAUUUCUCCCAAGCAGUAUCGCAUUCGUUUUCGAGAAGCCAUUGAACGCUAUUUCCUUACAACCCCUGAUUUCUGGUCGGCCAAGUUGGGUCGUCGACAUUACCAUCAUGAAGAAUUACCUGUCACUUCUUUCUAG